CUAACCCCACCCCCCUCAACCCAGCCCUCGUUAUUUCCUCACUGAGAGAGAAGAGCAAGUGUUCCGCAUUUGGAAUUCUUCCUUUUAUUUCUCUAUAUAUCCAUAUAUCUAUAUUUAUAACAAUAUACUGAUCCAGUGGCCAUGAAGCGAUCAAUUGCCACCGAUGUAGAUCCGGUCACCGGCGAUGAUAAGAAAAUGAAGAAGAUCAAGAUAGAAGAAGAGGAGGAGGAGGAGGAGCCGAAGAAAUCAUCAUCUGUGUUGAUGGACGAGAACUUGCUGUAUGAGGUGUUGAAGCACGUGGACGCGCUCACGCUGGCCACCGCCGCGUGUGUCAGCAAGCAGUGGCACACGACGGCGCAGGACGAGCGUCUCUGGGAGCUGAUCUGCACCAGGCACUGGGCCAACACCGGCUGCGGCAGCCAACAGCUCCGAUCGGUGGUUCUUGCCCUAGGCGGCUUCCGUCGCCUCCACUCUCUCUACCUCUGGCCUCUCUCCAAGCCGCCUUCUUCCUCCUCCUCCUCCUCUUCAUCCUCCGCCUCCUCGUCGUCGGCGUGGCCGUGUCUACCUCCUCCGCCGCGUCCGGCGGUUCCGGCGAAGCCCGCCACCGCCAAAACUCGCUGGGGAAAGGAUGAGGUUCAUCUCUCGCUGUCUCUGCUCUCGAUUCGUUACUACGAGAAGAUGAAUUUCAAUAACCGAAGCAAAUGACUUAAACUAAGCUUGAAUUUGUCUUGAUUCUGCUUUAACUUUUGGUUUUUCGUUUAAUUCGUGUCAUUAUAUGUGUUUGUAUGAUCAGAUCUGUAUCCUAACUAUGUGCUAGUUUCUUGAUUUCUGAGAUCCUUUGUAAAUUUAGAUAUGAUUGAUCUAUUAUGUUAUUAUUAUAUAAUUAGAGGUGUGAUGUUAUUGUGA